CAGAGUAGCAAGUCAUUUCACACUCAGCUUCCUUCAACCGCCCAGAGCUGUUUUGCAAGCUGCAAAAGAGAGCAUUCCUCUUUUGGCUUCCGUGUGCUUGGCAGCCAGAGCCAACUGGGCUCGUCUCCGUCAAAGUUUUGGUGCUGUGGGGCAAGCCUGCCCAAAGGGGACCUUUCCAGGAGCUCCUCAUGACACACCUGCAGUUCAAAGAUGCCUUCUGGUGUAAAGAAUUCACUGUCCAUGCUGGGUACGAUGCACUUUUACAGCGACUGCUGGAUGGGAGGAAGAUGUGCAAGGAUGUGGAGGACCUCAUCAAACAAAGGGCACAAGCAGAAGAGCGGUACGGGAAGGAGCUGGUUCAAAUUGCUCGGAAGGCAGGAGGCCAAACAGAAAUCAACACUCUGAAAGCUUCAUUUGAAAUCCUAAAGCAACAAAUUGAAAGUAUUGGGAACUCUCACAUCCAGCUGGCUAUAAUGAUGAAGGAGGAACUGAAGGGCCUGGAAGAAUUCAGAGAAAGGCAGAAGGAGCAGAGGAAAAAGUAUGAAACUAUAAUGGAGCGAGUGCACAAGAACAAGCUCUCGAUGUACAAGAAGACCAUGGAGUCAAAGAAGUCUUAUGAGCAGAAGUGCAAAGACACCGAUGAGGCUGAACAGACCUUGGAGAGGAUAAGUGCCGUGGGCAACCCUAAGCAAACAGAGAAGAGUCAGACCAAAGCAAAGCAGUGCAAAGAGGCAGCAAAUGAAGCAGAAAGAGUGUACAAGCAGAAUAUAGAAUUGUUGGAUCAGGCUCGGACUGCCUGGGAGCAGGAGCAUAUCAGCACUUGCGAGGCCUUCCAGCUCCAGGAAUGCGACCGAAUCACCAUUCUCCGGAAUUCCCUGUGGGUCCAUUGCAACCAGCUCUCCAUGCAGUGCGUGAAGGACGAUGAGCUGUAUGAAGAGGUCCGAGUGAGCCUGGAGAACUGCAUCAUAGACUCGGAUAUGAAUCACUUCAUUCAGAAUAAGAUGACUGGGAUGGAGCCACCAGCUGCCAUUGGCUACGAAAACUAUUAUGACAGAGUCGUGACGGCUAACAGCCCAGUCCCGACAUGCGGGAUGAUGAAGAGAUUCUCUGGAUUGCUCCAUGGAAACAAUCGAAACACCUCUGACAGUAUUAUUCCCACAGCUCCACCAGCUGCUGAGAAAGCAGAUGGCGUUUAUGCAGCAAUUCACGUGGCCCAAGAAGAAGAGUUUUCUACAUCUGAGGACUACAAAGUCCUUUAUGAUUACACAGCCCAGAAUGAGGAUGAGCUGGAUAUGCAAGCAGGUGAUGUCAUCUCCAUCAUCGAAGUUGGUGAUGAUGGCUGGUGGACUGCAGAACAGAACGGAAAGCAAGGAUUUGUGCCUGGGUCUUACCUGGAAAAACUUUGAUGAGAGGAGCAACCUGGAGUGUUUUGAUUUUCCCUUCUCUGAAUUUCCCCUAGAAAUGCCUUUAAAAAUCCAUCUUUGUGAAUGUCAUUAAAUGAAGAGCUAUGGGUCUACACUUAAAUUUAACAGAGAUUGCUGCCUGGUGUCCCAUGUUGCUAAAAACAAAACAGCACAACUACAAGAUACAUCCUUAUCUAUUUUAGCACCACCCUCUGAAUAUACUUAAGGGUCUGGCUCUUCUGUUUCAGUGUAUCUUUGUGUGCAUGCACACAAAAGCUCAUACAAAAAUAAAAACUUAGUUGGUCUUUAAGGUGCUACUGAAGGAAUUUUUUUUAUUUUAGCAGGGUUUGGUAACUUGUAGUCUUCCUGCUGUUGCUCAACCGCAACUCUUUGUCAUCCCUGACCAUUGGUGGGGUCUGAUGGGAGUUGGGAGCGGUGCAGGUUAGCAACCCCAGGUUUAUGAUUUCUAAGAUGAUGGCCUCAUAAGGCAUCCAGAGGAAGAGGACCUCUCUAAAAGACCCAGCUGGGCAGCAACACAGCCGUUUCAAGUGCCACUCUGGAGGUAUGUCUUGGUGCUGGUGUCUUUCUUCUCUCCAAUUGAUGGAACCCAAAGCACAUAGAUCAAACCAGCCCUUUCCUGGCUCUGCAGCUGCCCCCUGGAAAUGAAGGUGGGGGAGCUGUCAUUGGAGCUGCACUUAGCAAUCAUUCAAAUUCUCAGCUGCCCGGGAUCAAAAGCUCCUUUGGAGGGGGAUGAAAUGCACUUGCAGUUGUUCCACUGGGGUGCCAACACUGGCUUCCGCCGCAACUAGAGUUUAGGGUUCCAGCAGCUGAGAAUUUGAAUACAGUGGUACCUUGGUUUUCAAACGUAAUCCGUUCUUGGAGACCGUUCGAGUUCUGAAACAUUCGAAAACACAACAGCUGACAGCUAGUGCUCAGGAUCUUGCACUCAGCGGAAGCCGUGUGGCAUGUUUGAAUUCCGAGGCGUGUUCAAAAACCAUGCAUCUACUUCUGAGUUUACAGCAUUUGAAAACCAAAAUGUUCGUCAACGGAGAUGUUCGAAAACCAAGGUACCACUGUACAAGUGGCAAGCAGCAAGUGGAAGGCCUGAGACCUGUGACCUGUUCUGGGGACCCCUCUUGCAAUGACAUGCCAGACCAUUUCUUUCAUUAGAAAGAAACCCAUCCUGUAAAUUCUUUCAACUUGCUGAUCCCUGCAGGCCUCCUAAGGCUACUGACGUACCCAUCUCCCAAUGGAAGCCAAAUGAAACUAGAGGCAGCAACUAUGUAUGAGCACCCUGGAGUCUCAUGCCCUUUGCUCACGGGUUGGAUAGACUGAGCAAGGGCCUUUUUGAGCCCCUUCUGAGCCAUCUACACCCAACUAUGCCAGCAUUUAUUUGCUGCCCACUUGCAUCGCAUGUAGGAGCUACACGAGGAGAGAGCACAGAAACAAGUCACCUGGGACUCAAUCCAGCUUUGCUCUGGAGGUAGAGUCUGCUUGCUUUAGGAGGGAGGCGGGGAGCAUCUCCUGCGCUUUUGGGGUUGACGCUAAAGGUAUAGAAAAGAAGCAGGUGCCUUUAAUAAAUGAAAAAGGAAGGAGACAAGAAUGGUCUUGUUCCCUGACAGGGUUGUGUGAGACGGCAAAUGAUGUGAAUACUAAAGAGUUAUUUAAUAUAUGAUUUAAACAAAAAAGUCAUUGAAUUUUCCUUGUUUCACUGAUGAAAGUUAUGUUACAAGUAAAACAUUAACAAUUCAUCAGCGAUGUUAUAUUUUUUAAAAAUGUACGUAGUCUAAAGUAUAUAAUUGCAGACAUAUCAUUUAACAGCAUAUCCAGAAGUUUA